GCUAACUCUAAAUUUAUCAUUCUUCCAGGAUCUUGGAUCUUUUUUGUAUCACUUUGGAAAGUGGCCAUCGAUGACAGCUACCCAUGCAUAGCGGUAUUACACAACACAUGGCGUCUCCUCACACCCCGUACUACCGACAUGAGCGAGCAGAAUAACAACAACAGCAAUACCAGCAACAAUGGCCCACAGGCUAGUAGUAGUACUCCAGAGAGACGCCCCAUGUCCUUACAGGAACAGGCCGUCCAUUUUGCCGACCGCGUACGAACCCACCUUCAAGAUUAUCCCCACAAGAUCCGUGUCGAUCCAGCGGUGCCUCCAGGCUUUAUGGAAGGUGCCGUCGUGGGCAUGACAUCGUAUCUGGCGCUAUGGCCCGGCAAGAGACGAGCUGUGCGAUUGUUUGCUGGUGGGAGCCCCAAGAUGGUGGGUGCCUUGUUGACGGCAGGGCAAGUAGUAGUGGGGGUGCAGUUGGCACUGUACACUGCCGUGAUGCAGGGAUCCUAUACGUGGUUAUCGACGCUCAAGGAGUAUGCGUCAGUAGUGGAGCCUAGUACUGGCAAGGUUGAUGGGGAUGAUGAUAAGAACAGCAAAAACUUUAUCAAUCUACACAAAUCCAUCAUGGCAAAUUCGUUGUGUCAAGAUCCGAUUUUGGAAUCCCUGAAACAGCAACAACUCCCCAACACGAUAUCAUCCAAAGAAGAUACGGAUACGGAUCGCCAUUCUCCCACCGUCAUGGAUUGGAUACAAGGCCCGGGAAAGGUUGUCACGGACGAGCUCAUGCAAGUAGUUGCUGCUUGUGCCAAUCGACAAAGACGUGAUGCUGCGAAAAAGGACGCUGGUGGGAAAAGCUAAAGUUUGUGUGAUGUUGGCACCCUUUUGGAUUUCUAAUGGUCUAGCUAGUUUUGAUGAAGUCUAUUGUUUUUUCUGUAUGUUGGGGGUGCUCGCAUCAACAUGGGCAAACAAGGCAAGGGAGGAAAGCGAGGAGAGAAAGAUUUUCAUGGAGAGGAUCCGUGGCACGAACCACCGCCUUGGUCACGGCAAUGGGGAGGCUGCAUCACAAGAUCAGGCUUGAAUUCCAUUUUGUAAACCAGCACUCUCAGUACAGUAAUCAAUCUGCACUGUAGAGUCAUGUAAAUGAAUGGGUGGCCUUGCAUGUAGACCGGAGCACCCAUCCCAAAGCAUCAAUGGAGAGUUUAUUGUUGACUUGAUGUCCCAAGAAUGAGUAGAUUUGAUGUUUGAAAUCAGUCGACACGUCAAUAAAGUAGUAGAGUAGAUGCCACUAGUUGCACUGGAAGAACUCUUCGCGUGAUUGGCUUCGGGUCGUUGGCGUCAGGUCGCUCCGUGGAAGCUAUAUCGACCGAAAGCUGAAAGAAGCCAUCGAUCCGUACGGUAGAAGAUCCGCACAAGUAAGUAUUGCGUCGACUCGUCGAUCGACAGGCAUAAACACCAUUGUCGGUAUCGAUAGUAGCAGCUGAUAAAAGUAGAGGCGUCAUGGUCGCUCCGUGAACGAGGCAUCAAAACGUGGAGCACUCCGUGGGCCGGAAAAAGUGAUCGAUCCAUGCGUUUUGCUGCUGAUUCCAGACUAACCAAACAAGAGGAGCUUGUCAAGGGAGUAUAGUCGCUGUAAAGAGGAGACAACAUCAUCUUGAUACGCUUUAUCAUAGAACGAGCAGAGGAUCCGAGGUUCUAGAACGAGCAGAGGAUCGGAGGGGUGGGAGUCUUUUGAGCCACGCUAAAUGCUUUAAGUCUUUUAAAAAACCUACGUAAUUCUUUU